ACGCGCGGCAAACAUUUAUAUAGACUCCACUGAUAAGCUGUCAUUACAUGAACAUGGGUACGGAUUCCACACAAUCCAGAGCAGAGGUCGCGUUAACCAAACUAGAUGUGUAAUUAGAGUCCUCCGGCUGCUGCCUUCGCACUCGACUUAGAUUUCUAGUCUGGCAUUUGGGUGCGCUAUUGAUGCACUCUACAUUGCGUUCCGAUUUACCGAAGUCCACUCCGCCCGGCGCAAACCAAAGCUGUCAGGCGCGUUAGGAUCGCACUUGACGUUUUGGUGUCACAUUUUUGGAAUUGCCUAAUUUAAAACGCAACUUAAAAGACAAUGACAGACUCCACAGUCCCAGACUCGGCGAGCACCAUCUCGGAUCCAACAGUUGCCGAGUCAACAGUGAACGCCCAGUGCGACGCGACAGAUCUACAGCUACCAAAAAGCGCAAGUCAAGGGGAACAUCAAUUCAAGAUGGACCAGGAGAUGAAGAUCAGCGAAAGCGUGGAUGGGCAAGGCUUGCUGGAGAGCAGCAUGAGGCUAAAGCCCCACGAAGCUCAAAGCUACCGCAGGAAGGCAUUGUGGGUCUCCUGGGUUUCCAUCUUUGUGACGCUGAUUCUAGCAAUAGCAGCUUUCACCGUUUCCUUCAUGAGACAGAGUGCCUCGGCCUUCGGAUUCGCUUUUGAUGCUGCCCUUGACGUGUUGUCCUCCAUCAUCGUGGUGUGGCGCUAUAGCAACGCUGCUGCAGUUCACUCUGCCCACAGGGAGUAUAUAGCCUGUGUGAUCCUGGGUGUAGUCUUCAUCCUGUCUUCCCUGUGCAUCCUGGGAAAAGCCAUUCAUGACCUGGCUAUCAAGCUCCUGCCUGAAGUGGACGACUUCCUCUUCAGCGUUUCCAUCGUCAGCGGUGUGCUGUGUGUCGUUCUGGCCGUGUUCAAGUGCAUGCUGGGCAGGGUGCUCACCAGCAGAGCCCUCAUCACAGACGGUUUCAACUCCCUGGUGGGCGGGGUUAUGGGCUUCUCCAUCCUCAUUAGUGCCGAGGUCUUCAAGCACGACCCCAACGUUUGGUUUCUGGACGCGUCCACAGGGGUCCUCAUAGGUCUUAUCAUCCUGGCCUACGGAAUCAAGCUGCUGGUUGAUAUGGUUCCUCGAGUGCGGCAGACGAGGAACUACGAGCGAUUUGAGUGACCGAAGACCACCCAGAUGGGGCUGGGUUCUAGGCUAUAUAUCUACGUCCAGAGUCAGUCGGAUAUGUAUAUCCAUGUACAGUCCCUAUCUAGCAUUUCCGUAGAGCCACAGAGUUCUCGCCAGCCUCCGUGACAAACCUAUUUAUUGACUGACAUUUCAGCUGAACCCGAGCCCUCCACGCAGCAGUACUUUCACUGUCAGUCCCAGCACCCAAACCCGACCGGUCCACAGGAUGAAGAAGGUUUCCCCCCCGCCAUGUUCCUCCCCCUGCUGUUGAAGUGGGUGGAGUCGAGAGGACUGUCACAUAGUCGUGGGCUGCUGAGACGUCAGGAAAUUAUGUCACUGUUGCUACAAAGGCACUGCACAUUCUCCACGGUCUACAGUCUCGUGUUCAUAUCGGUCUUCCCUCUGACAAUAUGGCCAAUCCAGAUGUGUUGCAGGACCUCUUGUCUGAAGGGAUUUCAGUAGUUUCCAAUAGGCCUUUACUUUUGUACAAUAAUACUAUGUGUAUAGCCUUUUUAGUGUACUACUUUUGACCCAUGCUUGUAGGGCUUUGGUAAAACUAAGUGCACUAUAUAGAGAAUUGAGUGCCGUUUGGUACGCAAACAUUGUCUGUUUACAACACCACUGCUCAAAAGUAGAUAUGUUGCAUUCAUGUUUAUUUUAUUUAUUAGCGGGUAGCUUUUAGCAAGGCUAUUUGCAGAUGUUUGACAUGUUUUAUUUUUGCUAUUAAAAAGCAGAAAGAUAAACUUUUUUUGUUUCGUGAGAGAUUUUUGAGAUGACCAUUUUAAUAUAAUAGAUUGUUGACUCAAGUAAAAAAAAUAAAGUUCACUGCACGGAGUGAGGUGCUAUCACCUUUCAUAAGUGACUGUGAAGGCAAAGAAUGUGUCGCCAGCUCGAAUUUCCGGUCGCCAGCUCGAAUUAAGGGGUGUUAAAAGGCCUGUGGUGGACCCUCAACAAACAGAACGACUGGAGCCAAAGAUUCCUGCCAAAGAUUACUACAUUGAAGAAUAUUUUGCAGUUCACAUCAGCCAGAUCUCUGGGCUAGAGCACAACAAGGCAUCCCUCUUGAAGCCUUUCCUCCUCUUUUGUUAAAUCCUUCAAGGGAAAUGUGGUCGUCCCACACUGUAUAGUUAUUUAGUCAAUCGGUUAUUUUAAGCUUUUCCGAUCUGCCAUGUUUGGUGUCUUUGAAUGUUGGAUAUUAAGUAUGCGGAUUGGAAAAGGAGAAGAAUUCUGGCCACUGAGUGUAUAAUUCAUGAAUACAGGGUUGGUGUAAUACAGCGUUGGUGUAAUACAAUGUUGGUGUAAUACAGGGUUGGUGUAAUACAGGGUUGGUGUAGUACAGAGUUGGUGUAAUACAGGGUUGGUGUAAUACAGCGUUGGUGUAAUACAGGGUUGGUGUAAUACAGGGUUGACCCACUGCAUGAGUGUGGUUCCAUAAAAUCAAGCUGUGUAUUUAUGCACUCUUUCUAGGUACUGAACAAAGGAAAGUCAGUCCAUGCAAUGAUUAUUAUAGUGGCAAUCCAAGGAGGGCUGUUUUUUGGCUUCUUUAUUUCUUUACGAUGAAGGGUCCCAAAUUAAGGGUCCGUUUGCCUGAUUAAAUAAAUCUGGGUUUUGAGUGAAACAGGAAGUGUCCUUGGUAGAUUCAACCAAGGUUAGGUGAAAAAAUAUAUUAGAUCCCCAUUACUAAUAAAUAACGCUGCCUGACAUUUUUUUUGAAUUGUCCAAUUAUGAAAUUCAUUUAUAGAAUACAGCAGUAGUUAAAUACAUCUUUUCACCAAGAGAACACGGCUAAUAAAAUCAAAAAUC